CGGUCCCAUUUCAUUAUUAUUAGCCUAUUAUUCGCUUUUAAAAAAACACACAACAACAACAACCUAAAACUAGUUAACAGACAAGUUUAAUUGCAUCAUCGACCAAAUCAACAGAUUAAUCAUCGUGAUUAAUGAGUUUCUAAAAGCGCUGUUUCAUGAAUCAAAGGCGCACAUGGAGCUGAAGUCCAACAGUUCACGCGAGUCAAACAUUAACUCAGGGUAAGAGAGUGUGUCGCAACAACUGCAACUUCAUAUAGACGCCAAUCUAUAAACAACACGCGAGAAUAAUGGCGACAACACGAUCUCUACACAUCCUCAAGAGACAGCAGCAUUUCCUUAACAAGGUGCAAUCAGCAUGGGUGGCCAGAGGUUUUGCAAAUAAAAGUGAUGAAGGCUGGUUGAGUUCCAUGUUUGCACACAAAGUGGAUGCCAGGAAAGAUGCCCACUCCAAUCUGCUCUCCAAGAAAGAAACCAGCAACCUCUACAAGAUCCAAUUUCACAAUGUCAAGCCAGAGUGCAUGGAGACAUACAACAAACUGUCGGAUGAGGUACAGAAAGAACUCCAUCGCGAUGCAGAUUAUCCAUGUGAAGUCGUUGGAAGCUGGAACACCUGGUAUGGUGAUCAGGAUCAAGCAGUGCAUCUCUGGAGAUACUCUGGUGGAUAUCCUGCUCUUAUGGAGUGUUUGCGCAAACUCAAUCUCAAUUCGACGUAUCUUGCAUUUCGAAAAGAAAGGAGCAAAAUGUUGAUCUCCCGACGCAACCAGCUUCUUCUGGAGUUUAGUUUCUGGAACGAGCCUGUGCCCAGAAUUGGUCCCAACAUUUAUGAACUGAGAUCAUAUCAACUACUACCUGGUACUAUGAUCGAAUGGGGAAAUCAUUGGGCUCGAGCAAUCAAAUAUAGACAGGAAAACAAUGAAGCAGUGGGCGGCUUCUUCACACAGAUUGGUGAUUUGUAUGUUGUUCAUCAUUUGUGGGCUUAUAAAGACCUGCAGUCCAGAGAAGAGACCAGAAACGCUGCUUGGUUAAAAGAGGGCUGGGAUGUCAAUGUGCACUAUACAAUGCCUCUUAUCCAAAAGAUGGAAUCGAGAAUUAUGAUUCCAAUGGAACAUUCCCCUCUGCAGUAAAAUCAACAGUGUUUCACCUAUAGACAAUCCAUCUGGAAAUCGAAUUUCAUGAAGAGUUUUGUUCUGACUUGACUCAAACACAUCUGAACCAGACGAUAAAGGUCUUCAGGUCCUCUUGAAGAAGACAGUUGUGUUAGAGUAGAGCGGGACCUAAACUUUGCAAGAAGGCAGAGCAAAAUGCCAGUGUUCAAGCCAUUCUGAGAACUACAAUGACAAACCUCAGUGCCUUUGUAUGAGACUGUUGGAAAUUAAAACAGUAAUCUGAUAAAUAUAUAUAUAAAAUUUAAAAAUUCUAGUCUUGUUUUUGGUCUCAUUGUUUUCUUUUCUGGUGCAUCAUUUGGCCUGUUUGGUGUGUUAGGGUGCUUGAUGAAACUUUCAUCUGAAAUGCUGUUGCCGCCUGUCUACAUAGCUUUACAUCGGCAAUUAAGACGUAUUUGUUAAAUUGAAUGCAUUUAUCAGAAUACUUUAUUUUGUUGUCCUUAAUUUGCGCACAGAUAUUGAGAACUCCAUUUUUAUGUGUAUAAUAAUAAAUGAUUACAUUUCUGCUGA